AUGGUCCAACAAGGUCAAAACCCCCACCAAGGCGGCAGCCUCUCCGACUUCGCCGUCAACGGCACCACCAUCCCCAACGACGCCGGCAAGAUGAACGUCCUCCCGUCCGUCCCUCGCCCGGACCAACGCGCCGACAAUCCCGCCUUUGAAAACGCGGGUCUCGCCCAGCCGUCCACGGCCUUUGCCGCGGACAAUGCCACCGAUCUGCCCCGUUCCACGCGCGACGUCGGCCAGACGGGCGAGGUGGUUACCGGGACGGGGGACUCGUUGCCCGCGACGAUCGAGUCGAAGCGCGCUUUUAUGGGGAAUAAUGAGCCCAAGGGGGUGAGUCGGGCUCGGGAUGAGAAGCAUCAUGUGCAGACUCGGAGUCGGUUUGAUACGUAUGCGCGUGAGGACGAGGAUGCUGCGCAGAAUGUGGGGGAGCAUCAGUUGCGUAAUGAGUGA